AUGACACCGAUCGCGAGAUCAAAGGCCAGCAAGGCAUUCACUGCUUCAAAUUUGACUCCUCCAGCCUUAAAAACACCGGAGGUUCUAGAGAUGAUUCUGUUUCACACAGACAUGCGCACUCUUUUGACGUCUUGCCAACGGGUCUGUCGAGGCUGGCGUUAUUUGAUCACCAAGUCACCAUCAAUUCAAAAAGCUCUCUUCUUCACCCCAAUAAAGGAAUCCGAAUGGGGCGUGGGAGAAACUGUACACAGCUCGCUACUAGCAGAGUCCUUCCCUACCAUUUUUCCUGCCAACGGCGACCAAGACCAUCGUGGUUUUAGUUUUUCCGAUUGCGCGAUGACCAAAGAUCUCGCAAGUUUGGAUCGAUUUGUCCGGAAAGGUGCUAGCUGGCGCAUGAUGCUGGUACAACAACCUCCGAUUUUAGAGCUCGGUCUUUUUCAUAUCGAUCAUAACAAGGGGGGUGAUAGCGCUCCCCGCAUUAGUAUUCCCGCAAACCCGAAGAAGCAAGCACACGGAGACGAGGGCCUUCGAAUGGGAAGACUCUUUGAUAUUUUGCUAUUUGAUUCGACCUUUCGAUAUGGAAAGUUCAAGUCUACACGACUAUGCUGGUCAACAGACAAGCCGACUGAUAUCCGUUUCAGGAAAGAUCUCCAUCAAAACGCAUUCUACAAAAUGCUAGAUCAAUUGGGUCUGGUUUUAUAUACCCGGCAAGUAAUCCAAUGCGCGAGGCCAUCCCGGAGUCAAUCUAUUGGCGGAAAGACGACCAAAAAGGGCGAGAUUAUUAAUGCUUAUAAAGAGCAUGGACUGGAUAUUUAUUCCCAAGAAGAAGAGAUAAAAGCCUAUAGAAUGUCGGCGGCGAAGGGAAUAGAAUGCUCAUAUUGGAAUUCGAAUUCGGACGAUGGCGACGCAAAUGAGCUUGAUAAGUGA